UGGAAACCCACGUAGCCUCUUUAUGGAUAUCAAGCAUCCCCACCCUUUCGAGGAUGAUGCCAGCGCCUCCUCCAACUCCAGAAGGACAGCGCCGUGGGGAUCAUCCUACCACAAGGAGCAGCCGUACGAUCAGAGGGAGUGGUGGGACGCACCCGUGAGCGGGGACCCUGCUCGGGACACAUCCUUCUUCGAGUUUGAUCUGCCCGAACAUCUUCCCAGCAGCCCGAUGUGCCCAGCCAAUCCAAAGCAUAAGGGUAAAGGGAAACUGGUCUGCGUGUAUCAUGGGAGAGGCAGGCAGGCGUCAACUGUCCAGGGCGACGAAACUGAGGAGAGUGAUUGAUAAUUUGGAAGAUGAAGCAGAGAGGAAGGAUUGUUACAAACUGAGGGCUUGACUGGAGGGCGUAAUUGUUCUAGGGAAAUGGAGAGAAGAAAGAAAAGGAAAAGCAAAUCAAAAAAAUCAAAAAAGGGCUAAGGGGAAAAGGGAAAAUAGCUCAAUACCGAGAAUGCAAGAUUUAUAGAGUCUAUCAAUUCGAAAAUCCAUUCCUUCUG